AUGAACUCUGUUUCAGCAUCUAUACCUCAAGCAAAUGAUCGACAGAGUUUAGAUAUCACAAAGAGUAAAAACGCUAUCUUUGGAAAGCCCCAAGCUACAGUACCAACUUUUGAGCUGAUUCGCCUGAUCGGAAACACAGUUUAUGAGCUACUCUAUCGACUGAGUUUCGAAAAGCAGUAUAGUCGAGAAGGAUUGCUCAAUGGGGCUAAUCAGGGAGCUGUUCUCUUGGCUAAGUCUUUCGUUUCACAAAAUUGGAACAGCAUUGGCAAUUUGACCACUGAGGACCUCCUGGCGAGAAUGAAAACAGAGAGAGAGAGAUUUACAGAUGACGAAGCUCAGAAAUUCACUUAUACCUCUGAUGAUAUAGUUCAUAGUUUUCUUCAUUCGACUCUUAUCACCGGAAAGAAAGUUUUUAAAAUUAGCGAGCAAGGGAACAUAGGCAUUUAUUUCACUGUCGUAUCGUACAUCCGAAAAAACUCGAGCGUUCCGGAAAGCAUUGAUCUAGCGGAAGCAGUGGGGAAAUAUAAGAAAGACAUAACUGCUGUGAACAUCACGUUCGCUAGGACCUUGAAUCCUUUAGGAGUCUGGAAAGCUGUAGCGUUCAAUAUGUUCGAACUGCCUUAA